GUGUGAGAGAGGUACACCGGUGCGAUCAGUGUGCGAUGGCCGUGUGAUUGAUGUGCGGAGCACCAACACGUGUGGAGGCAUCGACGUCGAUAACUUAUACAAAUGGAAUUCGAUCACCAUUCGAUCCUCCAACAAGAGCCUAUGUUUCGACUAUGUUCACCUAUCACCCGAUGGGAUCACUGUUGAAGUCGACGACUUGGUCGUAGAGGGUCAAAUCAUCGCUAAGUCAGGGGAUGUGGGAUUCACACCAGAGCCCCAUCUGCAUUUCCAAUGUCUCGAGUCAUCAGCUGCAGAUGCCUGCUCCAUACCCCUCAAGUUCCGUUUUGGUGCCGAGUUGACAGCUGUCAGUGUAGAGGCAGGGAAAUACUAUCCUCCUCCGAAGACUGCCUAG